AUGCUUGGAAUUAGUCAAAGUUCCGACGACUGUUAUUAUGAUCCAUACAAUAUUGCUGAUGAUCAUUGUCAAAAUGGGCAAUGCUAUUCACUUGCGGAUAUUUCAUCGUCAAAAUCGCUUUCACUUCAAACUUCUAUUCUUAUUGGUAUUGGAGUUUCUGCUGUUUGUAUUGUAUGUUUGACUGUUGGAGCCUUAUACUGGCAUCGUAGGCAAAUCAAUAGUGCAGAAAAACGAUUAAAUAUGUUAACAUCUUUUUCUCUACCCACAUAUGUUCAAUCUGUUAAGGGUACUUCAGCUGGUGUUCGUAUACAUUCAUCCACAUCACAACCAUCAUUAGUUGAGACAAGUGUUAAUUUAGAACCUACUACAAGUGCUGUACCUUAA